AUCAUUUGACAUUUGCAGCACCAUUAUAUCCUGGUGCAGUGAACUGAUGCAGAGUUCAGGUUUAGACUCACACACAGCUGAUUCAUGUUUCUGUCUCUGUGUCCUCAGUUUCUCAGCAUGCCUCGGCUCUGGAGGUGUAUGAGGGGGUGGAGUCUGUCCUGCUGACCUGUCAGGACUCUUCUGUACCUGCACGUCCCACUCUGGUGUGGAGCCGCCACGACUUCAGUCCUCCAGUCGUCCACCAGCGUAACCUGGCAGGAGAUGAACUGAGAAACCAAAACCAGCGUUACAGGAGAAGAACAUCUAUGAAGACGGACUCUCUGAGGACCGGAGACUUCAGCCUCACUCUGAAGAAACCCCGCCCUUCUGACAGUGGCACCUACACCUGCACCAUCACAGCAUUUGGAAAUGAACGGACACUGACAACAGUAGAGCUGCGUGUCAAAGUGUCCCACCAAGUCUUCACUGUGGAGGUGUACGAGGGGGCGGAGUCAGUCCUGCUGCCCUGUCACAUCCCGUUUGCAUCUGGACCCGCCACAGUGGUGUGGAACCGCUACGACCUCAAUCCUCCAACCGUCCACCAGCGUCAGCAGGAAGAGGACGAGCUGACAGAUCAAAACCAGCGUUACAGAGACCGAACAUCCAUGAAGACUGACGCUCUGCAGACUGGAGACUUCAGCCUCACUCUGAGGAAACCCCACAUCUUUGACAGCAGCAACUACACCUGCACCAUCAGAGAGUCGGGAGAAGAACCCAGACUGACACAUGUUCAGCUGCAGGUCAAAGAGCCGUACAUGUUCCCAGCUGAGGCCUCGGUCCUCCUGGCCUUCCUGCUUGUUGCACUUGCUGUCAUUGUGGGUCUUUCAGUAUAUGUAAGGAGAUUACUCAACAAAGUCCCCCAGGUGAUGGCAGAUUCAGGGGUGGAGACGGUCUACCUACUUUGCAAAACUACAGCUCACCUACCUCGUGAUGCUAAAGUGGAGUGGAAGAAGAGUGACAUGAAGGUGCACGUGUAUGAGAACGGCUCUGACCAGCCUCACAAACAGCACCAGGAUUACAGAGGCCGAACAAAGUUGAAUAAAGACCUGCUGAAAACGGGAGACCUCAGUCUGACCCUGAAACACCCCACAGAGGGUGGAAUCUACACCUGCACCGUCUACAGCAGGAAGGGAAACAUCCUGCUGAAGAGAAAGGUGGAGCUGAAAGUCAGAAUCCCCCAGGUGGAGGUGGCAUCUGGGGUGGAGUCUGUCCAUCUGCCCUGCAAAACCACACGUCACCUUCCUGAAGAUGCUAAAGUGGAGUGGAAGAAUAGAUAUGGGAAGGUCCACGUCUAUGAGAACGGCUCUGACCAGCCUCACAAACAGCACCAGAUUUACAAAUACCGAACGGUGAUGAAUGAAGACCUGCUGAGAACUGGAGACCUCAGUCUGACUCUGAAAUACCCCAAAGAAACAAAGACCUACACCUGCACCGUCUACAGCAGGGAAGGAAACAUCCUGCUGAAGAAACAAGUGGAGCUGAAAAUCAGAGGUCAGUGCUGUAGAUACAGGUCAAAGGUCAGAGGUCAUGUAGGAGUUUAUUCUCUAAAAGCUUUUAGUUUGAAUCUAUUUUCAGUUCAUUCAAAUAAAAUAAAUUCUUUGAUGUUUUGAUCUAAAAGCCAAAAAUGUCAGGCGGAGCAACUGUGUGUUUAAAU